UAUAUCUACUAUCACUUCAAGUUUGUUUGCCCAUUCUCAAUAUUUUCCUUUCCUUUUUGUGUGAGCCAGUAACUUCAUUAUGAGCCCUCAAGUAUUUUGAAAUAUUCUGACCCUUUCACCUGAUAUAUUCUUUAUCCACACACACACCAUCUCCUUUACUGUCAGAAGUGGGUGUUGUGUGGUACUGCCAUUCAAAUAUUUUUAAUUGAAGCAUAAAUGUUUUCUUUCUGUAGAUGUUUCUCUUUCCUAUAACAUCAAUAUCUGGAUUAUAUAAGGCUUUAUUAACUACAAAGUGAGGGGAAAAUGCAUGAGAAAAGGCUUUAAAAAAUAAGGACAUAGUAAUGAUUUGAUAAUAUUCAGGAGCACUUGCUAGAGAUUCUUUGAGUCCCACUGAAUAGGUCAAUUUUAUGCCUAAUCUUUUCUCAGAGCUAACUGUAGAUUUCCUCCCAAUUUUAAAGAUGUUAUAUAUAGUAUACCUGCCACACAAGCUUAUCCUCAGAAUCUAAAUAUUUACAUUUAUGAAAGCACAAUAACAAAAUUUUUUUCCUGUAUUUUGAUGGGCUUCCAAAUGUAUUACCAGUAAUACUCGGUAUUUGAAAUUAGGUUUGUUACCCAAAAAAAGGUAAGUUUAUAAUAUUCUUUGGGUUACUAGUUUUCCUAGACAUUCUUUUCAAAUAUAUUUGUAAGUUGUGGAGUACUACCCUUAUUUCCAGUAAAUGUGAGUUGGAAUGCUUCCACUUUCUUCUAAAAAUGUUAAUGUGCCUUCUUCACUUGACUUCCUGCCAGGUGUGAUUCUGAUAACAUGUACAAUCACGUUUCUUAUUUUUAGGUUUCCAUAUUAUCAUGAAAAUUUUAUUUUUAAAUGUUAAAUGUCAACACCCUGUUAAAUUAGUUCUUCCAUUUGGGGAAAUUUAAGAAUCUAUCAAAAAAUUUUGCCCUAAGUUAUAGCUGAGUGAGAAAGUUUAAAUGAUUUCUCAAAAUGGGAAACUGCCAAGGAGAUGGCCCAUAAUACGUGUGUUGGGGGGGAGGGUGAUAUCAAGGCCCGUGCACUAAAAUUAUAAGGUGAAAAUUACUGUGUAUGGAAACUUCGAAUUCAUUUAAAAGCUCAUUGGAAAAAUCAGAAUAUGCCUACGGCUACAGAAAAUCUCAAGAAAAUGGCUCUGUGUGAAAAAUUUUAGAGAAAUAAAAAGACGCUCACUGAAAUUUCCAUUAAAAUGAAUGCUGUAGUUUUAGUCAGCUCCCCUUCCAUCCCUAUUUGAAGAACAGUAGGUGGAGCUAUUUAAGGUCUAAAAACCAAAAAUCCUUUCCCGGAGUUCAAGAUUGUGCAGUAAUUGGUUAGGACUCUGAGCGCCGCUGUUCGCCAAUCAGGGAGAGAAAAGCAGCGAGAUCCUGCUUGCCGUGCACGCGCCUGAAGCACAAAGCACAGAUAGUUCGCAACGAACCGUCUCCGAGACUGUGAGGAAACUGGGCAGAGGAGCUCUGAUCCCCAACUGUCAGAUUCCAGGACGGAAGAUCUGAUCCUGACUUCGGUGGUCAAAGGAAGAAUUGGAAGUAAUCUUCGAGGAAGGUGACAAUGAAACCUGCGCGACUGCCUCAGGACUGCAAAGGGCUGGUCCUGCUGGGAGUUCUUCUGGGGAUUCUGUGGGAAACUGGAUGCACCCAAAUCCACUAUUCAGUUCUUGAGGAGCUGGAGAAAGGCUCCAGGGUGGGCGACAUCGCCAAGGAUCUGGGGCUGGAGCCCCGGGAACUGGAGGAGCGAGGAGUCCGCAUCGUCUCCAGAGGUAGGACUCAACUUUUCGCUCUGAACCCGCGCAGCGGCAGCUUGAUAUCCGCGGGCAGGAUAGACCGCGAGGAGCUCUGUAUGGGGGCCAUCAAGUGUCAACUAAAUCUGGAGAUUCUGAUGGAGGAUAAAGUGAAAAUAUACGGGGUGGUGGUAGAAGUGAGGGACAUUAAUGAUAAUGCUCCCUACUUCCCAGAAAGCGAAUUAGAAAUAAAAAUGAGUGAAAACGCAGCCCCAGGGAUGCGGUUCCCCCUUCCCCACGCUUGGGAUCCGGAUAUCGGGAAGAACUCUCUCCAGAGCUACGAGCUCAGUAGCAAUACUCACUUCUCCCUGGACGUGCAAAGCGGAGCGGAUGGUAACAAGUACCCGGAAUUGGUGCUGGAGCGCGCCCUGGACCGCGAGAAAAAGGCCGUUCACCACCUGGUCCUCACAGCCUCCGACGGGGGCGACCCGGUCCGCACUGGCACCGCGCGCAUCCGCGUGAUGGUUGUUGAUGUGAACGACAACGCGCCGGCGUUUGCUCAGUCCGAGUACCGCGUGAGCGUUCCGGAGAACGUGGCCGUGGGCACUGAGCUGCUUCUGGUAAACGCCACGGACCCUGACGAAGGAGCCAAUGCGGAAGUGACGUAUUCCUUCCGGUACGUGGACAACAAGGCGGCCCAAGUUUUCAAGCUAGAUUGUAAUUUAGGGACAAUUUCAACAAUAGGGGAGCUGAACCACGAGGAAUCGGGAUUCUACGAGAUGGAAGUGCAAGCAAUGGAUAACGCAGGAUAUUCUGCACGAGCCAAAGUCCUGAUCACAGUUUUGGACGUGAAUGACAACGCCCCUGAAGUAGUUGUCACCUCUCUCUCCAGCUCCAUUCUGGAAAACUCUCCCAGUGGGACGUUAAUUGCCCUUUUAAAUGUAAAUGAUCAGGACUCUGGGGAAAACGGACAAGUAAUCUGUUUCAUCCAAGGGAAUCUGCCCUUUAAAUUAGAAAAAUCUUAUGGAAAUUACUAUAGUUUAGUGACAGACACACUCCUAGACAGAGAACUGGUUCCUAGCUACAACAUCACAGUGACUGCUACUGACCGAGGAAGUCCGCCCCUGGCCACGGACACUCACAUUUCACUGACUGUGGCAGACACUAACGACAACCCACCCACCUUCUCUCGUGCCUCCUAUUCUGCCUAUAUCCCAGAGAACAACCCUAGAGGAGCCUCCAUAGUCUCCGUGACUGCCCGAGACCCUGACUAUGGAGAGAACGCCCAAGUCACUUACUCCCUGGCUGAGGACACCCUCCAGGGAGCACCCCUGUCCUCCUACAUCUCCAUUAACUCUGACACCGGAGUCCUGUAUGCGCUGUGCUCGUUUGAUUAUGAGCAGUUUAGAGACCUGCAACUGCAAGUGAUGGCGCAUGACAGUGGGGACCCUCCUCUCAGCAGCAAUGUGUCGCUGAGCCUGUUUGUACUGGACCAGAAUGACAAUGUGCCCGAGAUCCUGUACCCCACCCUCCCCACCGAUGGCUCCACAGGCGUGGAACUGGCACCCCGCUCUGCAGAGCCUGGCUACCUGGUGACCAAGGUGGUGGCGGUGGACAGAGACUCAGGCCAGAACGCCUGGCUGUCCUACCUCCUGCUCAAGGCCAGUGAGCCAGGGCUCUUCACCGUGGGGCUGCACACGGGUGAGCUGCGCACUGCGCGGGCCCUGCUGGACAGAGAUGCUCUCAAGCAGAGCUUGGUGGUGGCCGUCCAGGACCACGGCCAGCCCCCACUCUCAGCCACUGUCACUCUCACCGUGGCCGUGGCCAACAGCAUCCCAGACGUCCUGGCCGACCUAAGCAGCCUCGAAUCUCCCAUCAACCCUGACGACUCUGGCCUCACGCUGUACCUCGUGGUAGCGGUGGCCGCAGUCUCCUGCGUCUUCCUCGCCUUUGUCAUAGUCCUGCUGGCGCUCAGACUGCGGCGCUGGCACACGUCACGCCUGCUCCAGGCUUCAGGAGGCGGGUUGGUAGGCGUGCCCACCUCGCACUUCGUGGGCGUGGACGGGGUGCGCGCUUUCCUGCAGACCUAUUCCCACGAGGUCUCCCUCACCGCAGACUCGCGGAAGAGUCACCUGAUCUUCCCCCAGCCCAACUACGCGGACACGCUCAUCAGCCAGGAGAGCUGUGAGAAAAGCGAGCCUCUUUUGCUGUCAGGUGACUCGGUAUUUUCUAAAGAUAAUCAUGUCUUAGUUCAGCAAGCCCCGCCCAACACGGACUGGCGUUUCUCUCAGGCCCAGAGACCUGGCACCAGCGGCUCCCAAAAUGGCGAUGAAACCGGUACCUGGCCCAACAACCAGUUUGACACAGAGAUGCUACAAGCCAUGAUCUUGGCCUCUGCCAGUGAAGCCGCUGAUGGGAGCUCCACCCUGGGAGGAGGUGCCGGCACCAUGGGCUUGAGUGCCCGCUAUGGGCCCCAGUUCACCCUGCAGCACGUGCCCGACUACCGCCAGAACGUCUACAUCCCUGGCAGCAAUGCCACACUGACCAACGCAGCUGGCAAGCGGGAUGGCAAGGCACCGGCCGGUGGCAACGGCAACAAGAAGAAGUCGGGCAAGAAGGAGAAGAAAUAAUGUGGAGGCCAGGCCCGGGGCCACAGGGCAGCCUCCCUCCCCAACCAGCCCAGCCUCUCCCUACCUGUACCCAGGCCUCGGAUUUUCAGGGCUCACCCCAGGAUACUGGUAGGGGCCCAGGCCAUGCUCCCCUUGGGAAACAGAAACAAGUGCCCAGUCAACACCCCCCUCUCUGCCCCCAAGGGAUUGAAUAUGCAAAGGGAGUUCUGCUGGGAACCCCUAUCCAAUCAAUUGCUGUGCCCAUGGGGGUAGUGGGGUUAGUGUAGACACCAUUUAUCACACCCCCUUUAGUUAUAGCUGAACUCCUCCAUCUUCCAGAUUCAAUCAGGCCCAUCCAUCCCCUGCCUCAUUCCUACGCAUCCCAGCCCACCCCACUCCUUCAACAGCUCCUCUCUGUUGAGUAAAGUGGUUGGGGUGUUGAGGUUCCAGGUGACCUAAAAAGGCUCAUAGUUCUGAAGAGUUGGAAGGGCAUCAUGACCUCCUGGCCUCUCCUUCAAUUCUCAAAUCCCCCCAAAGCAUGGUUUGGUGCCAGUCCCUUCACCUCCUUCCAGAGCCUGAGACUAAGCUCAAGUUUUGGGAAAUAUGGUCACCAUUUCCAUGGUACUGAUGCUUGCUGGAUUUAGGGAGGGCAUUUUGCUACCAUGCCUCUUCCCAAUGCCCUGGGGACCAGUCUUUUGUUUUGUUUUCCAUUGUUUGACGUUCCCACUGCAUGCUGUGACUUCCCUCUCCCCAAACAAGAGACUCCACUGCAUGUUCCAAGACAGUAUGAGGUGGUAAGAUAAAGAAGGGAAGGGUGUGUAUGUGGAUGGGGGAAUGGAUGAAGCUUGACCCAUCAGUUACUGGGUCUUGCAGGAGGCUCUGCAUGCCCCCAGGGUUCUGACCAGAUCCCCAAAUUCCAGCCAUAAACCAAGCACCAGGCUGGAUCCUCAUCCACCACAUGCAGGGCUCAGCCCAGACAGUCAGCUUUGUGCUGAGCUACCAGCACCAAUGGAUUUAAACUGGCAUUACAGUCCAAGGAAGCUCUGAGCAGGUUUGGGACCAGGUCCCCUGGAGAGGUCAGAGGGGCCUCUGUGGGUGCUGGGUACUCCAGAGGUGCCGCUGGUGGAAGGAAGGAUCAGUGUGGUCCCAGCAGGAAGGGAGGGCCCGCUAGGCCAUUCUUGGUCCCUGGGUUGGGGAGGCAAGGAGCUAGAGCAGGGACCAAGUGGACAGAAAGUCUCAGUCCAGGAUCAGGGCUUCUCCGCGGGGCCCCUGCACUCCCCAAGCCUCGGUCCUUCACCUUGCCAGGUGCCAUUUCUUCUCUGUGAAGGCCACUGCCCAGGCCCCCAGUCCGCCCCCUAGUGGCCAGAGCCUGGUUAAAGUCCCCCAGUGCCUCCUUGUGCAUAGACCUUCCUUUGCUCACCCUCUUCUGCCCCGGAGUCCCGUUCAUCCAGCGGGGCUGCGCGAGAACCCCACCCCAGCCCUUACAGUAGCGUAGAGCACCCCGCCCCCUUUCGGCUGGUGUAGAAUAGCCAAUAGUGUAGUGUGGUGUGCUUUUCCGUGAUGGCGAGUGGGCAGCGGGUGGCGUCCGCGCAGCCGUCUGUCCCGGAUUCCGCCUGCGGCGGCCUGUGCUGUGUUUUGUGCUGUGUCCACACGCUGCGGCGAUCCCCUCCCGCGUACUGACUCUUAUAAGCGCUUUUCUUCGCAUAGUCACGUAGUUCCCCACCCCACUCCUUUCCUGUCUCACGCAAGUUUUAUACUCUAAUAUUUAUAUGGCUUUUUUUCUUUGAAAAAAAUUAAAAAGUUUCUUCUGAAA